AAGUAUUCUGCGACACGAACCACGAACAAACGACUAAACAAAAAAAAAUAAAAAUAAAAUAAUAUUUUUUUUUAAUUUAAAUAACUUUGGAUAUUAAUAAUAGUAACAAGAAAUAAAUUCAUAAUAAUAAAAUAAAACUAACAAAUACCUUUCUAAUUUUUUCCAAAAUUUCUCAGUGAAACAGGGUGACAUUCCCACAGUUAAACCAAAAAAGGAUAAUUAAUAAAAUUAAUUAAAUCGAUUAAUAAAAAUAAUCAUGGUUGUAAAUUUUAAAGUUUUCAAAAAAUGCUCCCCAAAUUCAAAAGUCACCUUGUAUAUGGGACGACGAGAAUUCGUUGAUUCGGUUACCGUUAUUGAACCUGUUGAUGGAAUCGUCGUCCUAGAUGAUGAAUACGUCAAGCAAAACCGCAAGGUUUUCGUCCAACUACUAUGUAAUUUCCGCUAUGGACGAGAAGAAGACGAGAUGAUGGGUCUCAACUUCCAGAAGGAGCUAACUUUAGCUUCGCAGCAAGUUUAUCCGCAGCAAAAAGUUGACAUGAACCUAACCAAGUUGCAGGAUCGUCUCCUGCCCAAGUUAGGUUCAAAUGCUUUUCCUUUUGUUCUAGCAAUGCCACUAAGCUCUCCAGCUUCAGUGGUGUUGCAGCAAAAGGCUAGCGAAGAAGGACAACCUUGUGGUGUCCAAUACUUCGUAAAGGUGUUUACGGGUGAUUCGGAAGUUGAUCGAUCUCAUCGCCGAAGUACGGUAAAUUUGGCUAUUCGUAAGGUGCAAUAUGCACCAACGAAGCCCGGAAUUCAGCCGUGCACGGUGGUGAGGAAGGAUUUCCUCUUGUCACCUGGCGAGCUGGAACUGGAAGUUACACUGGACAAACAGCUGUAUCAUCAUGGGGAGCGUAUGGCCAUCAAUGUUUGUGUUAGAAAUAACUCAAACAAGGUGGUGAAGAAAAUAAAAGCAAUGGUACAACAAGGUGUAGAUGUAGUGCUAUUCCAAAAUGGUCAAUUCAGGAAUACUAUAGCUUUUGUGGAAACUAGUGAAGGUUGUCCAAUACAACCGGGCUCUAGCCUGCAAAAGGUUAUGUACAUGGUUCCAAAUUUGGCUGCAAAUAUCGAUCGGUCGGGAAUAGCUAUUGAAGGUGAUGUUAAGCGCAAGGAAGUUGUUCUAGCCUCAACAACUUUACUGGCUGCCCAAGAAAGUCGAGAUGCAUUCGGAAUAAUUGUUUCGUAUGCAGUAAAAGUAAAACUUUUCCUUGGCGCUCUGGGAGGAGAACUUUGCGCUGAAUUGCCAUUCAUAUUGAUGCAUCCAAAGCCAAGUCGCAAACAAGAAGAAGCCGGCGCUGACCUUAACUCUGAGAAAAACAUCAUUUAAGCAGACAAUAAACAAACAUUUAUAAAAAAAAAAAAAACAAAAAUAAAAACAAAAAAACGGAUGAUUUUCUAACGAUGGACUGACCGAGCUUUUUAACGAAGGAAUACGCACGCUAACGAUUCUCUCUACUGAAAACUUAACCUUUUGGAGUUUUCAAAGAAAAAAAAAUUAUAAGAAUUUUUGUAUAUCUCUUUGAUUUUGAGAUUUUGGUUUUUAUGUUCAAUUAUAGCAAAAUAAUAUAAUAAUUUUUAAGAUGUCAAUGCAAAAUCGAUCACAUCGUCGGUUUAAAAAAUAAUUAUAAUAAUUAAAAUAUUUAAAGUAAGAAUGGUGACGUUGCAUAGCAACUUUAUUAUUAUGUAAAUUAUACAUAAAUAUAUGAUAAGUUGUUGCAAAUUGUACCUAAUUAAAAAUAUACUAUAUACACCUAUUGUACCUAUCUA